UUUAUCAACAAAAAUGGAGCUGACAAACGGAACAAAGGAGACGAGCAAAAAAGUUCAUUCAAACGGAACAAUUGUACCAGAAAGAAAAUUAAAAUCAAAAUUCUGGGCCUACUUCUGGUGGGUGUUUGGCGGGAUAUUUGGAGCACACCACCUGUACCUAGGUCGUGACGCGCAUGCUUUUAUAUGGUUAACGACUCUAGGAGGGUACUUUGGGAUCGGUUGGCUAAGAGAUUUACUACGAAUUUCUACGUACGUCGAUGACGUUAAUAAUCAUCCGCAUUUCGUUGAAAGCUUCAAGCUUGCAGUCAGGCACAAUAAAAAGCCGACGUUUUCGACUGUGAGAUUCAUCGGUGCUUUGAUAGUCGGAUAUUUCUGGGGUUUGUUACUCUGGUCAGCAAUUCCUCAGGAUGAAAUUCACGGGUACAAUUUACGGCCUUUGAUGAUCUUUGUGCCUCUAGCAGUCGCUCUAGGUGUGUGGGUGAUAGGAAACAUCGGUCGGGAGCAAGGUUCUCUCUGGCUGACUCUGGCGUGCUCGUACCUGAUGUACCCGACACUCUACUACAUCGGCGAUGACAGCACCUGGUUGAGCUUGAUGGUCGUUGUAGACGCUCUGGUCUUCGACACAUUUAGCAAGCAAUGGAGACUCAAGCCUCGGGAAAAAAAAUCGGUGGGAAAACGGGUAAUUACUUUUUCUCUGGCUCUUGCAUUGUACUUGGCGCUCUGGACGAGCUACUUCUACUUCAAUGCUGUUACAACUCUAUGGGCUACAUGGGAGCAAGUGAAGAAUCAAGGAUUCUGGGCAACAUGGCAACAAUUAGUAGACAUGUCAGAUUUACGUGGAGAAAUGAACGCUAAC